AUGCCGCGCGAGACGGACGCGCGCGCCGAGCGCUCCGCUCCCGAGCCCGCUAACAUGCGUACGACUGCUCCAGCGGACAGGGCCGCGUCCCUGCACGCUACUGGGGUCGAGUCGAGUACGUCAGAGACGCUACCGAGCACCUCUGAUAGUACUCCUCCCCCAACGAGCGUCGACGAAAGUGUUAUCAACUGUGCACAUGCAGUUCGCGUCACCCGCGUUAGUGAUACUGCGUUUUCGAUCACGCGCGAGUGUUGUGCGUCGAUGCAGCAGCCAUUGGAGACGCCUCCGGACGUCCCCACAACGCAGCAGGACAGCGAAGAUGCACUGCAGCUACUUUUAGGGCUGAUGCCACAUGCAGCCACUGCUCCUCUUGGCGACGACACGGAUAAUGAAGAGGAGGAGAUGCAGGUGGAAAACCCACAGGCAAACGCCCAAGCCAGUUCGUCACGAUCCUCGCGAAAGAGGCAGAAAUCGGACGACGAGUCCUCAGCCCCGGACGCGCGCAAAUUCCGGAAGGAAAACGCGCCAACCGGGACAACACCGCGACGCCGCGCGCGCGCCCCAAGGGUUGACAAAGACGGCUUCACGCCAGCGAAGAAGACCGCAAAACCCAGGCAACAGCUGACCACAGCACCCCUUGGCACAAGCAAUUCCUUCGACGCCCUCAGCGACUCGGAAGAAGAGGACCUGGCGCUGCCACCACCGCAACAGCGACAGACGCCGCCGCCGCUCGUGAUCAAGUUUGAAGGGCAUUUUCGCGAGCUUCAGAACGCUCUUAACUUGCUGAUCGGCAGGGACAAUUAUAGUGUCAGCGUGUCAGGCGAAGACCUGCACAGAGUGAAAGUUAAGAGCAGUGAACACUUCGCAAAAUGCGGCGAACAGCACGCCACUGAAGGGUGUGAAAAAUUGGGAGUGCCGCACAAAGACUUUACACCCAAGUGCAAACUGUGCGGCGAAGAACACUGCGCCAACUACAGAGGUUGCACAAAACAUAAAGCGUUUGCGGCCCGCGCACGCGGAAACGACGCACAGCAACGGCGAGUUCCGGCGGGAAACUCUCACCCACGUGGAGCCCCAGCGCCCGCCAACAGCCGGACAAAGAGAAGACGCGGUCGCCGAGGCCGCGCCACCGGAAGAGCGCAUUCCGGAGCGGUCGUCAACCCCGGCCAGCAGCAGGGGAACUCCAACGCCCGGAACAAAGAACCGCAGCGGCACCACAGGCAGCCGCAGAACACCGCCCCGGCAGCAAAAGGAAAUGGCGGACCAGCUCCGCACGCCGCCAUACUCCAGGUACCUGCGCGCCAACCCGCUGCCCCUGCAGCAGCUCACCAGGCCGUAGCUCCGCCCUCCCCGCCGCAGCGCGAGGCCAGGACGGCGGCGCAGCGGGUGGUAGCCCCGCCUCCCGCGCCCCUGCCACGGCAAGCGGCCCCCUCGGCCGUUCCUCGCACCGGCCGGGCGGACCAAUCAGCGCAGCCCGCCCCGGACCAGAACAGCAUGGCGGACUUUCCGGAGCCGCGAUGGCGGCAGCAGCGGCCAACCACGGCUCAGCAGCGACCUCCACGGCAGCAGCGGCCAACCACGGUACAGCAGCAAACUCCCGCAGCCCUCGUCGACGCCUGUCAACAAAAUGGCGGCAUCCGGGAGACUGGAAGCGGCCAUGUUGUCGGGCCCCGACAAGAUGGCGACCGCAUUGACCGCCUCCUCGACACAAUGCAGCACAUGAUGGCUCGGAUGUCCGAGCUAAUGGCCGCAGUACACCAG